AUGGCUGCUGAUGCCGCGAUGCUUUUGCCACUGGCCGUGCUUUUGCGGUUUUGCCUCGCUGCGCCGCCGCAUCGCUUUGGCAUUUGGCAACCACCGCAGGCACGGCCUAGAGCCCGAGAUCCUGUAUUUGCAGCGGCGAGAAGAAGGGCACGUACAUUGUCGCCGCUGCGCGACCGCCUGGACUACUUCUACUUCCUGGGCGCGGAGGAGUACUUCCACUCUCGCAUCGCCAAGCACGGCGGUGCCACCGUGUUGCGCGUCAACAUGCCGCCGGGCCCGCUCCUCUCGGGCGACUACCGCGUCGUCGCCGUCCUCGACGCGCGCAGCUUCCGCGUCCUCCUCGACGACUCCCGCGUCGACAAGGACGGCACGCUCGACGGCACCUACAUGCCCUCACUCGCGCUCUUCGGCGGCCACCGCCCGCUCGCGUUCCUCGACGGCGCCGAUCCGCGCCAUGCCGUGCUCAAGCGCUGCGGGCCGGAGCUGCACGCCAGGCUCGCCACCGAGGUCCGCACCGUCGUCCCACCGUCGGGCACGGCGAUCACCCUGUCGGACGUGGAGAAGAUGCCGCUGGUGAAGUCGUUCGUGUGGGAGACGCUGCGCAUGAACCCACCGGUGGAGUUCCAGUACGGGCGCGCGCGGCGGGACACGGUGGUGGAGAGCCACGACGCGGCGUACGAGGUGAAGAAGGGCGAGAUGGUGUUCGGGUACCAGCCGCUGGCGACGCGCGACGAGCGCGUGUUCCAGCGCGGCCGCGAGUUCGUCCCCGACCGGUUCGCUGUAUGUUCUGACGACGACGAGCGGCGGCGGAUGCUGGAGCACGUGGUGUGGUCGAACGGGCCGGAGACCGGCGCGGCCGCGGAGGGGAACAAGCAGUGCCCCGGGAAAGACGCGGUGGUGGCGGCGGGGCGGCUGAUGGUGGCGGAGCUGUGGACGGUGCAGGCGAGCGCCACCAGUGUCAGGAGGUCAUCAACCAGCGCUCGUCUACUGCUCACGUGA